AUGAUUAAAAGCGAACAGAUUCCAAUUGACAACAUUAACUAUAAUUUAAAAAUCGAAGAAAAUGAUGACGAUAAUAAAAAAUCUAAGAAAAUUUGUGAAUUAAUAAAUUGCAAUGAUAAAAACAUGAUUAAUUAUAUAUAUAAAGAUAUAAUUCCUGAAGGAAAGGCAUAUGAAAUCCCAAAUAUAAACAAUUUUAACAACUAUUAUAAUGAAGAUGAUAACAAUUAUGAUAUAGAUAAAAACAAAAAAAUUAUAGAUAUACUUGAUAUAAAUGAAAGGGCAAAAAUUCAAAAUAGUAUGAACCAAUUCGAUUCGAAUUAUAAAAUUCGUUUAGAAGAAAACAAUGAUGUUAUAACGGAAUUAAUUAACAAUCAAACAUCAGAGAGAGGAGUAUUUCAUAAUAUUGUUGCCCGAUCCCAAACAAAUAAUAAUAAAGAAAAUUUAAAUAAUAAUAAAUUAGAAAUAUCAGAGCCACCUUCGGGAAGUUCAAAAAAUACUAUAUUAGCAAAAAAGACGAAUCAAAAACCAUACCCAAUUCAAGAGAACAUAUUAAAUGCAAUAAACAAAAGUGAAAAUAAUGGCUAUGAACAAAAAAUCACAAAUAAUAAAAUAUUAGAAAAUAUUUCACAAGGAAGUACUGGAAUUUUAGAUGAAAAACAAAAUGAUCAAGAAGUAAAAACUAAUUUACUUUCGAAUGCCAAAAAGGGGUGUUCACAUAUUUUUAAAGGUUAUGAAACAGAUCAAAUCUUAAAUGUAUUGAAUAUUAUUUCCAAAGAACAUAUAUAUACAAAAAGUUAUUAUUCAGAUAAUUAUGCCGAGAAACUGGAACAAGAAUCAAAUCUAAAACUUAGUGAUUUAUCAAAUUAUAAUGAUCUAGAUAUAAACAAUGAUCAAAUACAAACAAAGAUCAUAGAAAAUGAAAAUGAUUCUAAGGGCAAUACUAUCGCUGACAAGAAAACUAGUAGCAAUAGAAUGCCGUUUUUAAAAUCGAUGAGCAAAAAUGACAAAUUAAUAUACUUAACACUUUUGAAAAAUAUAGAUAAACAUACUUUACUAAGUAUUAAUAAAAAUGUGUUUUUUUUAAAAAGAAUACAACAAUAUUUCUAUAGAAAAUAUAUUCAUAUUAAAUUUCCAAAUGAUUUGGAUAAUUAUUAUUAUUUCAUAAAUAUGGAUUGGUUUAAUAAACUUAAAAAUUUUUUGUUUACUGAUUCUGGAGAAUUCCCAGGUGAAAUCACAAAUUAUAAAUUAUAUACCAAUGAAAACAUUAAUAUAAUGAAUUUUGAAGAUAUUACAAAUAUAGAAAAUUUUAAAUCAGAUUUAAAAGAAGGUAAAGAUUAUAUAUGUAUUAACAAAUAUAUGUGGAGGUUCUUAUAUUAUACAUUUAAAGGUGGUCCAUGUAUUAAACGGAAUAGUAACAAUAUAUAUGAUAAAAUUGUACCUAUAUCAAAUAAUGAUAUACCUAACAAUAAUAUUAUUCAUUCAUUAGAAUUCCAAUACAUAGAUAAAUUAUUUUCAUUAUUUAAUUACUCUCAUGAUAGUACUACAAAUAUAGAAAAUGUUUCACAAAGCAAAAAUCAAAUAAAAACAAAGCAAUACUUUGCUGAUUCUUAUCAAGAUCUUUUAAUGUAUUAUAAAUUAGCAAAUGAAGAUCCCAAUACAACUUUUCAUUCUAGUAAUAAAAGAGAAAAUUAUUUUGAAAAACAAAACAUGGAUUUAAUCAAAAAAACACCUACUAAUAAUAUGCCACCCAUUCAAUCCAAUAUUUCAAAUAAACAGUUAGGAAACCCAAAAAAUAAUAUAACCAAUAAGACUAUCGUCCAUAAUGCCUCCUUAAAUUCAGAUAAUCAAGGUGGCCCACCUAAUAUAGAGGUAGCAAAUAAAAAUAAUUACAAAGGCACUCAAAGAAAGGGUUCCGAGAGAGCUAACAAUAGUGCUAACCAAAAUAGUCGCAACCAAAAUACCACUAACAAAAAUACCUCUAACCAAAAUAGCACUAGCCAAAAUAACGCUAACCAAAAUAAUGGUGAUCAAAAUGACGAUGACAAAAACCGAGACGAUCAAAAUAGUGAUAAUCAAAGCAAAAAUAAUAGUGACACUAGCCAAUCCAACAGUAACGAUGGAAGCGUAAGAAAAAAGCAGGUGCAAGCCAAUAGUGCAAAUAAAAAUAAAAAUGGUAAACCAAAAUGUGCCGUAAGCAAAGUUAAUAAUCCUGAAAUUGGCAAUAUGAAAAGAGAAUGCUCUGAUGGAAAUAACACCAAAAGUACUAGCACCGAAUGUAAUGCCAAUUCUAGUAAUAAUCCCCCCCAAAAAAAUGAAAAUUCUAAAGGUCAUAAAAAUAUUGAAAAUAAAAUGAAUCCACAAAAUAAAACAUUAACUAGUAAUAAUAAUACUAAUCAAAAUAGUUUGGCACCUCAGAAUGCAUCAUCAAAAAAAAAUCCGGUUGUUUACCAUUCAUCAAAUGGAAAUGAUAUUUAUAAAUCUUGUGAAGAAUAUAAUAAUGGUGCUACAUCAAGUAAUGGAUAUGUUACUACAACUGAAACAGAUUCUAAAGGAACACCAGAAAAUAUCUUGAAAAAUGACCUCAAUAAGAAAAAAAAUCAAACUAAAUCAAACAGUAGUAGUUGUACUAAUAUGAGCAGUACCAAUAGCAGUUCUAGUUAUAACAGUGACAAUAAUAAACCUGAGAAAAAUACCAGAAAAUGUUCUUCAGAAAUAAAUAAAAAUGUUAGUAAAAGCAACAUUAAUAGUGCUAUGAAUCAUCCUGAAAAUAAAAAUAUACAAAAAGGUAAACAAAUUAAUAAUAUGAAUAAAGAUAUACCCCAAAAAAAUAAUAUGAUAACCUACAAGCCCAGUUGCUCUAGUGACAGCAGUAGCUAUCAAACAAAAAGUAGCAAUAGUAGCAACUUUAGUAUACGUGAUCAAAGUUCAUCUAAUUCUAAUAGUGAUGAUUAUAAAACGAGUAGGAAAAAUUUAAUGGAAGAAGAUAUAGAAAAUGAACAUGUAAGUAGUAUAGUAAAAGUAGAACAUCCAGCCGGUAUUAUAAAUUAUUCUACUACUUGCUAUGUUAAUGUAGUUAUGCAAUGCUUAUCGGUUUUCCGAAUAUUUAUAUACACGUUACAUAAUUAUGUAACAGGUAAAUUUAAAGAUUCCAAUGCAUCAAGUGAUGAUAGUAAUAGUAAAAAUAGCUCAAUUGUUAACAAAAAUUUUUUUACAAAUUCUAUACCUUUUAAUUUAUUUGGAAAUAAUAAUAAAAAUAAUAAUGAACAAUUACUUAUAUCAUUUUCAAAGAAAUUAUUUGAAUUAAGUAAAAUGCAUAAGUCUCCCACAGUAAUAGAAAUUAAUAGAUUUUUAAAUUUAUUAAAUCAAAAAUAUUCUUAUUUAUUUGAAUGUAAUGAACAACAAGAUUGUCAUGAGUUCCUUUUAUUAGUUUUUGAUUAUAUUCAUAACAUGAUGAAAAUAGUUGAUGAAUCAGUUGAUAAAAAUAAUCAAAUCGAUUAUUAUCUAAAAAAAGAACAAUCAAUUAUAUCAGAUCAAUUCUUAGGUUUAAUUGAAGAAAAAAUUACGUGUUCCAAAUGUGAAUACGUCAAUUGUGUAUAUCAGCCUAUUUAUAAUUUAAGUGUUAAUUUUUUUAAAAAAAAUACAGAAAAUAAUUUAAAUGAUAAUCUUAUUGAAUAUUUUAAAAAAGAAGAAGUUAAUUCUACUUGUGAAAAAUGUAAAUCAACAAAAAUGUAUAAAUGCUCUUAUGUAUACAAACAACCAAAAAUUCUAAUUGUUCAUUUAAUUCGAUUGUUAGAAGAUGGAUCGAAAAUAGACAAACCUAUCAAGUUUGAUGUCUUAAAUUUUAAUAUCCAAAAUGUAUUAAAGAAGGAAAACGAUAAUUUUAUUGAACCACCAAAAAAUUAUGAUUUAUGCGGUGUUAUUGUUCAUAGAGGACUCAAUUCAAAUUAUGGCCAUUAUAUAUGUUAUACUAAAAGAGUACAUUCUAAUGGAAAGACAGUGUGGUACAAAUUUGAUGACAGUUUAGUGCGAGUCGUCGAUAUUAAAGAAGUGGCAUCAGCCAAAGCCUAUUGUCUUUUUUAUGAAAGCAAAUAA